AUGGAUAAGGAUUAGGAAACAAAAAAGUUGGUCUUUUAAUGUCAAUUAUAAAAUGUAUAAUGUAAUUCUUCAAAUGAUGUAAAAUUGGAAGAAAUAGAUUCAUUUUGGAACUACAAUCUUAAGUAGAGUUGUUCUGUUAAUAUUGAGGAUUUAUUUAAAAUCCAAGUAGAAGACAAUUGUACAUUAGAAUAAAUCACUUCAAAAGUAAAAUUAUUCUUAAAACCACAAAUUGAAAAAGUAAAAUUUAACUUCAUAAUAGUUUUUAAAAGUGAAUCGUAGAAAUGUUAAACUAAUUAAAUAUCCAAAAGCUUUAUGGAACUCCAAUUUUAGUGUUUAGAAAAGGUUGGGAAAAUAAUUAUUAUUUUCGGAAUAAUAGGUAGGAUAUAAAACUAAUGAAAAUUAAGUUAUUAUUCACAAUAUUGCGCCAUAAUUAAUACAUUAAUAUACAAAUUAUUUAAAAAUAGAUAAAAACAUAAAAGUAAGUAGUGUUUUUAAAAUAGAGACAAGAAACCUAAGAUUUAAAUUUUAAGUACAAUUUUACUUCAGAAUUAAGAGAGAAGUAUAAAAUUGACAUUCUUAAAGUAAAUAAAGAAAUAUGGAGAUCUUAAGAGGGAGUCAAAGAAAUGAUUAUACUAAAUAAGAAAUAUUCUCUUAAUCAUAUGGACUUUAGUAAGAUUAUUAUAAUUAAAUUCUAGUUCAAAUAUAUUCUUAAUUUUUAUAUUUAAUUGAAAAAUAAAAUAUUUCUAAAUUAACUUAGGAUGAAAUAUCUGACUAUCUUAAGAAUUAAAUUGCUAAAAAAAAUGUUAAUCUAGAAAUAAACAUAAAUUCAUUGAUUCAGAUCUAUUUACAAUUAUAAAACAAAUAAUUUUCUGAAGUUAAGUAAACGAUAUUUUAAAAAUUAAAUCUUAUUUAACAAUUUGAUUUGACUGCAAUUUAGAAUCUAUCAUUUAAAUCUUUUAAAACUAAUGAAUACUUUUAAAAAGAUUUUGCAUUUAUUUGCAAUUCAUGUUCAUUAUAUAAAAAUUAAUGUAAAUGUUAAUUUAUGAAUAAAUUGGCUUAAGUAAAAAGUUUCUUAGAAUUUUGUUGUAUUUUAAAUUAUAAAGGAAACUCUAAGAAACCUCAAUGGUGUUAUGAUUUGUUAAAAGCAAAUACAUAAAACAUUUGUGGAGAGAACUGUUAUAAAAAUCAAAACAACUUUGAAAUUUUAAGAAAGCAAACUAAUAUGAAUUAAUUGAUAGAAGAAGAUUAACCAAUUAUAAUUGACAGAGAUCCGUGUUUAUUAGCCAAAAUGUAUAAAAAAGAUUGUUUAUCAUUUUUUAAGCAAUGUAAAUAUCGAUACAAAGAGAUUAAAUAGUAAUAUUUAUAGGCAAUUAAAUAAAUAUAGGAAAAGUAAGAUAAAGAAGCUCUUGUAAAUUAUCCAUUUAAUAAUGCGAAUUUAUAUAUUCCAUGUUGUCAUUAAUAAGAUUUUAAAUGUGAGAAAUGUAAUUGCGAUUAAUUUUGUUCAAAAUACUGUGAUUGUUAAUAAGAUUGGUGUUAAAAAAAGCUUAAAGGAUGUUCUUGCAAAGAUAGAUGUUCUAUAGAUAGUAAAUGUUCUUGUAGAAGAGAUAAUGUAGAAUGUGAUCCUUUAGUUUGCAAAUGUUGUACUCUAGAUUCUAAUUCAGUUUGCUCAAAUAUUUAAAUUUUAAUCAAUAAUAUAAAGCCUACUUUAUUAGGAAGAUCAGGAGUUUGUAAUGGACUUGGAGUAUUUACCAGAAACUAUAUAAUGAAGGAUGAAUUAAUAAUAUUAUAUAUUGGAGAAGUACUGAUUGAUGAUGAGGAUGAAAUUCGGGAUUAAUUCGAUGAUACAUUCACUUUUUAUAGCUAUUAAUUAAAUGAAGAUAAAUAUUCAUUGGAAAGUCGAUUCUGUGGAAAUGAAAGCAGAUUUAUUAAUCAUAACAGUCAAAAUUUAAUGAAUUGUAAAACUCGAUAGAUAUUUUCAUCAGGUAAAAUUAUGAUUUUAAUUUCAGGUAAAUUUCACUUAGCAAUAUAUGCUCUCAAAGAUAUAGAACCUGAACAAGAGAUACUUUUGGACUAUAAUGAAGGCGGUCAAAUAAAUAAAGAUCUUAAUAAUUGGGUUGAUAUGAAUUCUUAGUAUUGGAAUUAUAAGUGUACUACUUAUAUAGGAAAAAAAUGA